UAUAUGGUUUAAGGGCAUAGCCAUUAGCCACCAAUCUCAUCCAGACAUCCAGUGUUUGAAUCACAACAUAUUUUCACUUCUCAACCUUAUUCUAGAACAACACACCACACACAUGAUAGACUUAUAUAUAUCCAACCUUCCCAACAACAACAACAACAACAACAUGAACAACAUAGAGUCCUACCCUCCGGUUCUCCGCCACCUAGACCAGCAGCAACCCCCACCAAACCCUGACCCGGAUUAUAAAGACCCGACCCAAGAAGAUCCGGAUACUAUACCCAUCAUAGAUCUCUCAUGCUUAGACCAUGACACCAACAAGUUGGAGGAAGCUUGCAAGGAUUGGGGUUUGUUUCGUUUGGUCAACCAUGGGGUUCCAUUGACCCUUUUGAAUGAGCUUCAAGAGAUGGCCAAAGAACUCUUCUCUUUGUCCUUUGAGGUGAAAGAAGGUGCAUGCAGUGGCUGCCCAGUGACAUACUUUUGGGGCACCCCUGCCCUAACGCCAUCUGGGAGGACACUAACAACGAGAAGCCCCCAAAACAUCAAUUGGGUUGAAGGCUUUGAUGUAGCGUUGAGUCAACUCCCACACUUCAGCGUCCCUCAGCUUCCCACACUUGAGUCCAUCAGACUUCUGCUAAAGGACUAUGAAAAUCAUCUGUCAAGAAUUGCCACAACUUUGUUUGAAGCUAUGGCGAAUAACCUUGACCUGAAUCUAAAACCCUCAAAGCCAUACUUAGCAGAAAACACUGGAAUGGUGCGUGUCUAUCGCUAUCCAAAUUGCUCUGAUGCAAAUGUUGGUUGGGGCAUGGAGGCUCAUACAGAUAGCUCAGUGUUGUCUAUAUUGAACCAAGAUGAUGAAGUCAGUGGACUUCAGGUGCUCAAAGAUGAUCAAUGGCUAACUGUAAAACCCAUUUCCAACACGUUGAUUGUCAACCUUGGAGACAUGAUGCAGGCAAUAAGCGACGACAGAUACAAGAGUGUGACACACAGAGUGAGUAUAAACAAACACAAAGAGAGAAUUUCAAUAUGCUACUUUGUUUUCCCCGGUGAAGACGUUGUGAUUGAGAGUUCCAAGUACAAACCCUUUACUUACAAUGAGUUCAGAGCACAAGUGCAACAAGAUAUCAAGGCCCUAGGCUAUAAGGUUGGCCUUGCAAGAUUUCAGCACAACGAGGACUCCUAAGCUUUAUUGGUUUGACUCAUAAAUUUGAGCUCACUCUCUUGUUUGCCACAUUAAUUAUCUUCAUUCUUCAGCAAGUUUAGAAUUGGAUAUUAAUUGCUUAAUUAGUUUGUAGAAAAUCAAGACAAGUGAAAGUGGAACUCACCCUGUGGUUAGCGAUUCCUGAUUAGUGUGACAAAAUUAAAAGAGUCUCAUGCCGAUAUAUAAUUUCAAAAAGUUCUACCAUUAAGUUUGUAAAAGUACUCUACUUUGAUCAAUCACCCGAAUAUAUUAGCAAUGUUGGUACUUCCAAAGCAAAGUGAAACAAAUGAAAUUUUUAUA